UGGGAUAUAGAACUAGCAGCAAGUGUGCCCCGUACUUGCCAUCUCUGAUAUAGUCUAUUAAUGGGAAAGAGCUAAGAUGUUUUAACCUUGGACAGCUUGAAGCACGUGCAUUUUAAUUUGAGAUUCUAUCGUUUCUUCCUCUUUCAUAUUUCUUCUCGAAUGCCUGCUUUACUACAGAAGAAAUGGCCAAACGCACCUUCUCCACUUUGGAGUGGCUCCUAAUUUUCCUCCUUGUGAUGAUGACUGCUAUCACAGUGGCCCUUCUCAGCCUAUUGUUUACCACCAGUCGGACCAUUGGAAACCAUAAAGCCACCCAAAACCAUCCACCCACCCAGGGCUCCACCACUACUCAAGCUCCUCCAGUGACUUACACCUCGGAGCCUCCAUUCUUUCAGAACGUCAGUGGCUACAGUAUUGGUCGUGGGCGAGCUGACUGCACAGGACAAGUAUCAGAUAUCAAUUUGAUGGGCUAUAGCAAAGCUGGCCAGAAUGCACAGGGCAUCCUCACGAGGUUGUAUAGUCGUGCCUUCAUCAUGGCGGAACUUGAUGGGUCAAAUCGAGUUGUGUUUGUCAGCAUUGACAUAGCCAUGGUGUCCCAAAGACUCAGGCUGGAGGUUCUGAAAAGACUGGAGAGUAAAUAUGGCUCCCUGUACAGAAGAGACAAUGUUAUCCUGAGUGGCACUCAUACACACUCUGGUCCAGCAGGCUUCUUCCAGUAUACUAUAUUCAUAAUUGCCAGUGAAGGAUUUAGCAAUAGAACUUUUGAGUACAUGGUCAACGGCAUCAUAAAGAGCAUUGACAUAGCACAUGCAAAUAUGAAACCAGGCAAAAUCUUUAUCAAUAAAGGAAAUGUGGAUGGUGUACAGAUCAACCGAAGCCCUUACUCUUAUCUUCAGAAUCCACUAUCAGAGAGAGCAAGGUAUUCUUCAAAUACAGAUAAAGAAAUGGUAGUUUUGAAAAUGGUAGAUCUGAAUGGACAGGACCUGGGUGUCAUCAGCUGGUUUGCCAUCCACCCAGUCAGCAUGAACAACAGCAACCAUCUUGUAAAUAGUGACAAUAUGGGCUAUGCAUCUUACCUUUUUGAGCAAGAGAUGAACAGAGGACAUCUACCUGGAGAGGGACCAUAUGUAGCAGCUUUCGCUUCAUCAAACCUAGGAGAUGUGUCCCCCAACAUUCGCGGCCCACAUUGCAUCAACACCGGAGAGUCCUGUGAGAACUUCAAUAGCUCUUGUCGCAUUGGCGGGCCCAGCAUGUGCAUUGCUACGGGACCUGGAAAGGAUAUGCUUGACAGUACACAAAUUAUAGGACGAUCCAUUUAUCAGAGAGCCAAGGCACUCUAUGACUCUGCCUCCCAGGAGGUAACUGGACCGCUGGCUUCAGCUCACCAGUGGGUGAAUAUGACGGAUGUCACUGUCUGGCUCAAUUCCACAUACACAGUAAAAACCUGUAAACCAGCAUUGGGCUACAGCUUUGCAGCCGGCACAAUCGAUGGAGUUGGAGUCCUCAGUUUCACACAGGGGAAAACAGAAGGGGAUCCUUUUUGGGACAUCAUUCGGGACCAACUCAUGGGCCAGCCAUCUGAAGAAAUCAAAAAAUGUCAUAAACCAAAGCCAAUCCUUCUUCACACUGGUGAGCUGACAAAACCUCACCCUUGGCACCCAGAUAUUGUUGAUGUUCAGCUUAUUACUCUUGGGUCUUUGGCCAUAUCUGCCAUCCCAGGGGAAUUUACGACCAUGUCUGGACGAAGACUUCGGGAGGCUGUUCAAGCAGAAUUUGCAUCUUACGGGAUGCAGAAUAUGACUGUUGUUAUUUCGGGUCUAUGCAAUGUUUAUACACAUUACAUUACCACCUAUGAAGAAUACCAGGUUCAGAGGUAUGAGGCAGCAUCUACUAUUUAUGGGCCACAUACUCUGUCUGCUUACAUCCAGCUCUUCAGAGGCCUUGCUAAGGCCAUUGCUACGGACACGGUAGCCAACCUGAGCAGAGGUCCAGAGCCUCCGUUUUUCACAAAACUGAUAACCCCUUUAAUUCUUAAUACUGUGGAUAGAACACCAGCAGGCAAAAAUUUUGGGGAUGUUCUACAGCCAGCAAAACGAGAAUACAGAGUGGGAGAAGUUGCUAAAGUUACAUUUGUAGGUGCAAACCCAAAGAAUUCAGCAGAAAACCAGACUCAUCACACCUUCCUCACUGUGGAGAAAUACGAGGCCACGUCAGCCUUGUGGCAGGUAGUGCAUAAUGACGCCUCCUGGGAGACUCGUUUUUAUUGGCACAAGGGAUUACUGGGCCAGAGCAGUGCAACAAUAGAAUGGUAUAUUCCGGCCACUGCCCAGCGUGGAAUUUACAGAAUAAAAUACUUUGGACACAAUCGGAAACAGGAUAUUCUCAAGCCUGCAGUCAUGCUUUCAUUUGAAGGCACUUCUUCUGCUUUUGAAGUUGUAUCUACUUAG